AUGCAGUGGUCGUCCGCCCGUGACAAUGGUCUUCCAGGAUCUGCGUGGCUGGCUCAGGUCUCGGCCAAAUCCAACGUUCCCGUACAUGCCGUGUUGACCACCGUCAUCAUUGUGGCAUUGAUCUCAUUGAUCAAUAUUGGCUCAUGCGCGGCACUCAACGCUAUCAACUCACUUGGUGGCAUCUCUAUUCUGGCCACUUAUCUAAUUGUUGUCGGAUGCUACAUUUGGAAUCGUGCCACGCAUGCGAAGCCACCUCGUGGGGAAUGGAAUCGCUACGGCUUCGUGAUUGCCGUUGUUGGGUGGGGCUCUGUCUUCCCAGUCUUCUUCUUUUUGCUUUGGCCGUUGUCAAAUCACCCAGAUGCUGUUUCUAUGAACUGGGCCAUCGCGAUGAACGGAGGUAUCAUGGUCAUCGCUUCCGCUUGGUACGUUGUAAGAGGACGGACUCUGUACCAACCCCCAGUCUCGAAAGUCAAAGAUUAUGCGUGA